AUGUAAUUGGGAGUGCAAACGCAUCAAAGAUAACAAAAUAAAUGAGAUAAGUGUAGUUCACACAGACAGUCGCUAUUUAACCGGCAACCAUGUCUAACGCUGAAGAAAAAGCGCUUGAAGUUUUUAAUUCCAUCAUUACGGAUAAAUUUCCGGACGCCUCUAAAGUGAAACUUAAACCUAUUAGCAGUGAUGGCGCUAACUACAGCUCAACUUUAUACGAAGCUUGUAUCAUUACUCCUGAAGGUACGCAAGAAUUAUUCGCGAAAGUCGCCUCGAUGGGUGACGUUUUCAACGAUUCAAGCGAGAAAAUCUUUGACUCAGAAAAGUUCGUCUUGACAAAAAUUGCAAGCGCGUAUGAAAAAAUACAAGACAAACAUGGGAUAACAACAGAAAUAUUUAGAUUCCCAAAAAUUUACAAUCAUGAUCGUGAUGAUAUCCCAAUAGUUGUCAUGGAGAAUUUAGCUUCUAAAGGAUACGGAUGUUAUGAUAGAUUCAAGAGUAUUAAUUGGAAAUAUGCGUCAAAAUCUGUAGAAACUUUAGCCAGAUUUCAUGCUCUUUCUUUUGCUUUAAAGAAGGAGAGUCCAGAAAAGUUCAAACUGGCUGGGGAUACAUUAAAGGUGCCAGAAUCUGAUCUUAGAAGUCCGCUAUGGGAAGGAAUUGCUGAUGGGGCGAAGGCGGUUGUCGAUGAAGAAGAUAAAGAAAAACUCGCUAGAGUUCUAGAGGGAGGCGUGGGCUGGAGUAAACUUAUAGAUUUCGGUGAACCUCUUAAAACUUCAGUACUUAUUCAUGGAGACUAUCGCCCUAGUAAUUUAAUGCAUAAAGAAGUGAAUGGCGAAUAUCAUGUUAUCCCCGUGGACUACCAAACGGUCAGGGAAGGGUGCCCGGUGGCCGAUCUCCUCUACUUCAUCUUGAUGGGUUCCGACCAGCAGUUCCGUCAACAAUACUACCACCAACUGGUGGACCACUAUUACGAGCAUCUGGCUCUGAUGAUGACAAAAUUCGGUCUGCGGCCGGAUGAGGAGUAUGGGAGGGAAGAAUUUGAAAGUGACAUAAAAGUGAAACUCCCAAUCGCCCUCGCCGUCGCAGCGUUAGUGCUGCCGUUCGUCACAGUAGACGCAGCGAGUGCUCCGAACUUCGAGCGCAAACAGUACGUGCCGCGCGUAAACGAACUGUUCGCCGAACGGUUCCGCGGACUGAUGCAAGACUUGAAGCAGUGGAAUGUUCUAUAGAAUACUAAUAAUACUGUUACCUAAUUUGCCUGAAUUUAAAAUAUUUAUUGAGAACCGAAAUAUAUUUAAACAAUAUACUUAUAUAGGUACUCCAUACAAACUUACGCUUCUACGUUUGCCUAUUAACAUCAUGGAAAAUAUUUUUGUAAUUUGAUGUGUAUUACCCAUAUCAAACAACGUACCCCGGAAAAUCAAGAAAAAAUUAUGCUCGAACAGAUGGCGCAUACCUUUUGUAUUUAACAAAUAAUAAAAAAUAAUAAAUCAUUUAUUCAUAUA